AAAUGGAAAUGGCAAUGUAACUCUUAGAAAACUUUGCCUAACUAUGUAUAAGCAUAGUUUUCCGGGGGGACAAUAAUAUGGAAGCAAAUUAAGGAUAAAUGUAUUUGACAUUACAACAUAACAGGUGGUAGUACUUUUAGAGAAGAAGUCCAUCCACAGCAUUUUUCCUUCAGCAUACGUAAGAACGCUACCUCAUACUGAAAAGUUUCGGAGCGCCUACCCAAGAGCGCGACAGUCAAAACUUGAGGCGCGCGUUAACAGACUGUAUGGUAGAUCUCAGGUUGAGGCGCGCGUUCGGUCUUCACUCUGCAUCUCCACUUCGCUGCUGAAAGGACAGCUCGGAAUACUGCUUGUCCUCGACGUGCUAUGCCUUCCACCGGCCGGGGAGAAAUUUUGGUCGGAGGUGGGGAAGGACAGGAUGUGGGACAAGGGGACUGAGGUCUGCAUAGACUGAAGACAAGAGCGCGCAAUGGAGAUGACUGCUCGCAUCUCGCACUUUAACUCCAAGGUCGAUGGCAGAAACUGUGAUGGACUUGUCAACCACAAUGGGGAAACGACGGAGAUAACAGUGUCGCUAUCGAGGAAAAGACUCAGCCCGAUAGAGAAGGGAAAUCUUUACAGACUGCGUCAAAGAAAGUUCCUUUUGGAGGACAAGAAGCGUCUCUGCACGUGGGCACUGGGAACCGCGUUAUUGGGGAUUCUGCUGAUGAUAUUACACGCUGAGCUGUGCCCAGUAGUGUACCAACCAGGAUCCAUAUAUGCCCUCUCCAUAAAUGGCCUCAUCAGCUUCUCCACUGGAUGUCUGCUCCUCCUCAUCAUCGCCUUCCAUUAUAAAGACAUCAGACUUUUCAUCAUUGACCACAACCAGGUGGACUGGCGCAUCGCCAUGACCAGUAACCGGGUGCUUGGCAUCUCCCUGGAGCUCAUUGUGUGUGCUAUCCAUCCUGUGGCCACCUACCUGAGGCCAGACAUGGGGAACAGGCUGGGGGUGAAAUCAGAGGGAAAUUCCUCUGCUCCCCUCUGCUUGUCCUCCAGUCACAAAGAAGUCAUGCUUGAUGUUGAGUUGCUGCUGUCGGCCCUGAUGUUCCUGAGGCUGUAUCUGGUGCACAGAGCUGUACUGUUACACAGCAAAGUGCUCCUUAGUGCUUCUUAUAGAAGCAUUGGCUCCCUCAACAAUAUCAAUUUCACCUUCCGCUUCGUGCUCAAGGUGUUAAUGAACAAGUAUCCGGCCCGCACCCUGCUGGUCUUCAUUAUGUUCUUCUGGCUUUCAGCAGCUUGGAUGCUGCGACUGUGCGAAAGGCAGGAACAGGUCGAGACAGGCGGUAUGGACACAGCACUGUGGCUCAUAGCCAUCACCUUCCUUACAGUUGGUUAUGGAGAUGUGUCCCCUUGUACUAGCUGUGGCAAGGUGGUGUGUCUCUUCACAGGCGUUAUGGGUGUGGCAUGCACUGCUAUGUUGGUAGCAGUCAUGACUAAGAAGUUGGCUCUUAACAAAGGGGAGAAACAUGUGCACUUCUUCAUGAUGGACAUCCAGAUAUCCAAGCGGAUCCGGCAUGCAGCAGCCAAUGUGUUAAGAGAAUGCUGGCUGCUACAUCGCACCACCCAAGCCAAGGACAACAGUGGUGAACAUCGCCAUCAUCAGAGAUGCCUGCUGGAGGCCAUCCGUGUAUUCCGUCACCUGCGGCUGAAGCAGAGAAAGAUAAGGGACUAUGCCAGUGAGAUGGUGGAUCUCUCGAAAAUGCAGAUGAUCAUGUGUGAUCUAAGUGCAAACUGGAACAGCUCUUAUCAUGAGCUUGAGCAGAGAAUCAUCUCCAUGGAGCAGAAGCUUGACGACCUGAGCCGCUCCUUUCAGAGAACCUCAGAGUUACUUACCCAGGCGCUACAUCACCGCAGACUGGACCACAGGUGACCUGUGACAACUCUUUGAAACCCAUAAUGAAGGCCACUUUAUUCUUCAUCCUCUGAGUGCUCUCCAAAUUAAAACUGCACAGACCACCUGGUGCUCUGACCUAAUGGAGGACUUUUAUUUUGAACUUUUUUUUUUUUUUUUUUUUUUUUACAGCAACAACCACAGAGUACUCCUUGUUUGUUUGUGACAAAAUGAAUUACAAAAGUUCUGGAACAAGGACAAUUCAUGUGUAUUUAUGAUGGUGAUGUUUGUGUUGCAAAUGGGAAACUUGGGCUUGACCUUUGGUUGCUUUUAACAUUUGGGAUUUUUGUAGAGUUUCAGUUCAUAAUUGAUACUAUUACUGAUACUAUUUUGUAUGUAUUGAUAAAAUGUUUUGAGCUUCUGGUAUUACACUAAGGGACAAAUACAGUUUUCUUGUAAAACACAGGUUUGCACAGCUCUGUGUAGUAUGUGAAGUCACUUAAUCUUUUUUUUUUUUUAACAAAGUAAAAUGUUUCUUUAUGUGACUUUGUGGAAGUUACUCCUCUUCAAGCUCAAGAAUGUACCUGGGGUUCAGAUGUUCAUCUCAGAUAUUCAAAGUAGAAAUCAUACUGAGCAGCCUGAUUAUAAUUUUAUGUGUCCCUUCCUUUAUGUCUCUAAUCUAUUCUGAACAGUAUGUUCCCUGAUGCAAAAUGACAUGGAACAACGGUUACAUUUUAAUGUGCAUAUAACCAGAGAAUGAGACAUUUUUGAAGAUCUCCCUAACUUUGUCAACUUUUUCAAAGGCAAGUUAAAUUAUAGUUAGGUGUCAAGGAUAGGCCAGACUAUUGCUCUUUGCUCUUCAUUGUAUAAUUUUUAAAAGACCCUAAUUCAGGCAGAACCACUUGCACCCAAAGAAAAAUAAUAAUAAUAAAAAAAACAAAAAAAACUGGGAAUUACUUUAAUUUCCAUCAGCCCUUUAACCUGGCAUCCGCUGAAUGACAGCAUGUGGAAAGUUUAAUUACACCAUGAAAGGGUUUCAUGCAUUAUGGUCUUCAGAAUGUUACUGUAGCGAAAAAAGCUUUAUAGCCUGACCCUGUAUAUUUAAGUUCGUUAAGAGCUGUCAGUUCUCUGAGAGAAGAGGUUGAUUGUGUUCUGUUGUUUGUAGGUAUCUCCCCCUGGUGGAAAAAUAUUAAUCACGCAUGUUUGGCCAUAAUUCCUAUAGAAAACUAUGCUGUAGUCCUAUAUUAUUUAGAAUAUAUUAUUCAGCAGCUUGGCUUUGGAGCUCAGUUUUCAAAAGAUACUGAAUUCCUAAUGAAUAUAUGAGGACAAUGAGAAUGAACUGAACAGACUUGCUUUUUCUAACUGGAGCAAAAAACAGAAAUGUCAGCUUUACUGCUGUCUUCACACAUUUAAAUUUGCUGGCAUGAGGAAAGCUAUCAGUGGAACAUAUUAAUGGCACCUGACUUAUUAUUUGACAAAACAUUUUAUAUAUAUAUAUAUAUAUAUAUAUAUAUAUAUAUAUAUAUAUA